UGAUAUUGAUAAUGUGCCGAUGAAUUUAAAGUUCCUUAGUCAUUGUGCAUUUUUUUUUUGUUUACCACCCGAUAUAUUUUGCCAAUUUCUUCAUUCUUUAGUCUCAACUGUGUUCUUGAAGUCUUAUAGAGCAAAAUUGAAUAAUUAUGUCCGGUGGUUAUGACAGAGCAAUCACGGUGUUCUCACCCGAUGGUCAUCUUUUGCAAGUUGAGUAUGCACAAGAAGCGGUACGCAAAGGAUGCACAGCUAUUGGUGUACUUGGAAAAGAUUGUGUUGUACUUGGUGUUGAAAAGAAGUCCAUAGCUAUGCUUCAAGAAGAGCGUACAGUGCGUAAAAUAUGUCCAUUGGAUUCUCACAUAGUUAUGGCUUUUGCGGGAUUAACGGCUGACGCUCGUGUUAUUAUUAACCGAGCACAAAUGGAGUGUCAGUCACAGUAUCUUACUCUCGGAGAAACCGUCACGACCGAAUAUAUUACUCGUUUUGUAGCUUCGAUUAAACAAAAAUAUACCCAGAGUAAUGGUCGUCGUCCGUUUGGUAUAUCGUGUUUAAUAGCUGGAUUCGACAACGACGGCACUCCUCAUUUGUUCCAAUCUGAACCGUCAGGUAUCUAUUAUGAGUGGAAAGCUAACGCCACUGGUCGCAAUUGCAAAUUGGUUAAAGAAUUCUUACAGGUAAUAUUAACAAUUAGUUAAAUGUCUGUUGAAAUGCAAUUAUUUGAGAGUCAAAUAUAGCACUGUUUUGUUGAUAAGUUUUAUUAUUAUACAAAUUGUAUAAUGACAAAAUUAGAUCGGAAUACAAACAAAAAUAACAGUACCUACAGUUAACUCAUUUUAUUACUUUUAAAUUAACAUUUAAAACAAAUAUAUAUAUUUUGGCAUCUAAUAUUUUAAUUGUUUUUGGUAGGACAACUACAAUGACGAAGCUGUAAGUACAGAACAAGGUACUAUUAAAUUGGCAGUAAGAGCGUUACUAGAAGUAGUUCAAUCCGGCCAAAAGAAUAUUGAAUUAGUAGUGCUAAAAAAUAAUGAAAAAAUGAGGAUGUUGGAUUCUGUAUCACUUGAAGAAAUGGUCAGUGUUAUAGAAGCAGAAAAAGAAGCUCUGGAAAAAGAAAAAAAUAAACAAAAAGACAAACAAUAAUGUUAGUUAAUUUUAAAGUCCGGUGAAUGUGGAUAAAUCAUUUCUAAUUUCAGUUUAAAUAAUUUUUUUUUGUACAUCUGUUAUUUAAUUUUUAUAUUAAUAAUUAUUAUUUUUUAUUAAUAUAAAAACAAAAUAAAUAAACAAAAUUCUCAAUGUGUUGUCAUUUUUUUUGAUUUGAAGUAAUUUACUUAAUUAAAUUUGGGUUUUGUAAAUCAGGUAAUGCUUAUGAUGUAUUUCAAAUAGAAUAUAAACAGAACUGUUAAUAUUUUAAUAAUAAUUUGUUCAUGUUACAUACAAUCAAAAUUAAUGUGAACUAAAUAAAAACCUAUUUUGUAAAACUAUUCAAGUAACUGCCAACAAAAUGUGUUAUAGUCAUUUUUAGCGAAUAACUUUAUUUACAUUGGUAAUAUAAAUGUUACUAA